GCCACACACUGUGGAAUUGCUGUGCCCUACUUGGUUCACUCUUAAAUAGAAGCUGAAAGCCAGUUAAAAGUACCUUCUUGCUGUUGUAACUGAGAAAAUCUUUUUGUAGAGCAAAAAUAUUAAUGUUCUGAGGCUAGUGACCAGCUAGUAGGGUGAAGCAGCUUGUUUCUGGUCCCCACUGGCUGUGUAUUUAAGAGUGGUGACAGUAGUUUAAUUGCAUGAGGAUAUAAACCUUUUCUCAGAUAAAACAUGACUGAUGUAAUUUCCCUGUGAUGGCCUUAGGCCCUCAGUAACCACCCUGUUGUGGUGUGCUACCAAAGCUAGAAGCCUUUCAGGUUGAGGGUUUAUCCCAGUGACACAAAGAUGUAUUUCUUUUUUUUUUUUUUUCUUUAAACAUAACCAGAAAUGCUGUUUGCAGCUGUAUCCUCUCCUGAGUGUGGAGCAUGUGAUUGCACUGUUGUUCUCUGUGAGUCAGGUGGUGUCUAAACAUUUCUGUUCUGAUGCUCUGACAGACCCAGGGCAAGCCAAGGAGGCUCGAGCCCUGUGCUGUGGCCACAAGCUCCUGGUCACAGGAUAUGGGAACACCUGUGCAGUCCCUCAGUUCAGACUGACCUUCCUUGGAAGGACAGUGUUUGUUCUGUACAGCCUGUCUCUCUCUCUCCCCAUAUGGGCUGCACUUCUUGAUAGCUUUUAACUCAGUGGAGGGUUGAGGCAGAGAACUGAAACAACCAAAGCUGGGGAGGGGGGAACACUGAAAAACUUGGAAUCCUAAACUCAGGUCUUAGCUUGCAGUGGGAUCAGUUCCCAGUGAGUACCGUGGGGAAGGAGCUGUUUCUCUUGAUGUGCAAAUGGGCAGCGAGUGCAGGUCCUCGCUGCUGUCUCGACAUCUGUCUGUUUACUCUGUAUUCAAGUUCUGAGGCAGAAAGCUUUUAUCUGCCCUGGUCUCUUCUUAUGUCACUGUUUCCAAAAUACAAGCGAUAGAUACCAAUCUAGCAGUUAAAAGACAGGGCCUGGCAGAGGAGGAGGAGGAAGUAGAAAGCAUCAAGGGGUUGGUAAAAGCUGUUUGUUCUGGUGCCCUGUUGAACGAGACAUUGGCACGAGUGAGUGCUCCCUCUGGGAUCAGGUGUGUGCUUGUACCUUGCUGCUCUGGGUCCUGCACGGCCAGUUUCUUGGCUGUGUUCUGCACAGGGUGGGGGUAGAGGUGGUGGCUUUUCAAGUCUGCUUGAAUGCAAAUAAAUACCUGAGAAGACCUUUAAUGCAGUGACAGGUGUCUGCACGGAGGGAACUUGGUCUGACCCGUGUGGAACAGUGAAGAGGGAGGAGCGAGCAGAGGAGCCCCGGGCUGGCUCUUCCCAGGACUUGCAUUUGUGUAUUUUUCUCAUGCUGCUCAGGCUUGUUGCUUCUCUCAUUCAAGCCCUGGAGGAAGAUGUGGAGCGAGCUCUUGCAGAUGGGAGAGGAGGCAGCUCCUGCUUCUGAAUCCUUCCUCCUGCAAAGCAGCGACGAGAGCUUUGAUCGGGGUGGACAAGAGGAGCAAAAGCCUUUCUGCUGUUGCUGGCAGUGUUGGAGCACGCGGGAUGAGAUGAGGGGGCAAAGGAGAGACUUGUUUCUCCACAAGUGUAGUCUGGGGCUGGGGAGCACUGAGUGCUGCAGGGGCACGGAUGCACUUUGUCCAUGUGAUCAGAUCCCCCUUGGCCACACGGGUGAAUGGGGAGCGCGGGGCUGACCUGCCCGCCGCUGUUUGCCGCCCUGUCGCUCACAUUCGGGCUCUGUGGAGGUGUUUGCCGGCACAGGGGGAUGGCUGUGGCUGGGAUGUGAGCAGAGGAGGAAGAGGAAGGAGCAAUGAUUAAUAAAACCUGACUCGGCUGGAAGGGCAAGGAGAAAAACAACAAUACAGGACAUUUCUGGAGAUGGUCCUAAUCCAGCAUCUCGGAGCCAAAUGAAUCAGCAGCUUCUUAUUCUGCCGGCAGGAUCAGUCAAUGUUCACCCAGGCUCCUGGGAAGUGAGGCGUUUGGUUGCAGCAUCUCCCCCUGGCUUGGAGAACACCACAUCCUCUUGGGAGCUGAGGUCCCCCUCUCAGCUUGGUCAUCUCUGAAGGACCACCCCUGCUUCUGUUCCUGAGGCUUGGGAAUGGGGAGAACCAGCUCCUGGGGGGAAUCCCUGUGGUGGCCGGGAUGGGCUCGGUGGGCGCCGAGCGCUUCAAGGAGCUGAGCCCAGCAGUGACACCCGAGGGGAACGUGGUGAUGAGCUUCAGCUUCGACAGCUACCAGCUGGAGGAGGACGAGCUGCAGCGGGGCAGCCAGGCCAAGGGUGUCCUCACCUUCAUGGAGCCAGUUUCUGAGGACCCUGAGCCCCAGGAUCGAUACCAUGGGAUUUAUUUUGCCAUGCUGCUGGCUGGGGUGGGAUUUCUCCUGCCUUACAACAGCUUUAUCACUGAUGUGGAUUACCUGCACCAUAAAUACCCAGGGACCUCCAUUGUCUUUGACAUGAGCCUCACCUACAUCCUGGUGGCCUUGGUGGCCGUCAUCCUCAACAACGCGCUGGUGGAGCUGCUGAGCUUGCACACCCGGAUCUCCGUGGGCUACCUCUUCGCCCUGGGGCCCCUGCUCUUCGUCAGCAUCUGCGACGUGUGGCUGGAGCUGUUCAGCCGCAGACAAGCCUAUGCCAUCAACCUGGUGGCUGUCGGGGUGGUGGCCUUUGGCUGCACAGUGCAGCAAUCCAGCUUCUACGGCUACACGGGGCUGCUGCCCAAGCGCUACACGCAGGGAGUGAUGACGGGUGAGAGCACCGCCGGGGUCAUCAUCUCGCUCAGCCGCAUCUUCACCAAGCUGCUGCUGUCGGAUGAGAAGGAGAACACCGUCAUCUUCUUCUUCAUCUCCAUCGGCAUGGAGCUGACGUGCUUCAUCCUGCACCUGCUGGUGAAGCGCACGCGCUUCGUGCGUUACUACACCGACAGCUCCCGCCAGGGCCUCCCCGAGAGCCGCGGGGCCGGCGAGCCCAGCUCCGGCUACCGCGUCCACCACGACGUCACCUCCGAGGAUGUCAGAUUUGAAAACCGGGAGCAGGGACAGCCGAGCUCCCCGCAGGGCAGCCCCGGCCCCGAAGCUGAGCUGGCUGGGAGUGGCACCUACAUGCGCUUUGAUGUGCCUCGGCCCAAGAUCAAGAGGAGCUGGCCCAGCUUCCGAGACAUGCUGCUCUACCGCUACGUCGUGUCCCGCCUCAUCUGGGCCUACAUGCUCUCCAUCGCCAUGACCUACUUCAUCACACUGUGCCUCUUUCCCGGGCUGGAGUCGGAGAUCCACAACUGCACGCUGGGGGAAUGGCUCCCCAUCCUCAUCAUGGCCAUCUUCAACCUCUCUGACUUCGUCGGCAAGAUCCUGGCUGCCCUGCCCUACGACUGGAGAGGGACCCACCUCCUCGUCUACUCCUGCCUCCGCGUGGUCUUCAUCCCCCUCUUCAUCAUGUGUGUCUACCCCAACGGGCAGCCCACCUUCGGCCACCCCGCCUGGCCCUGCAUCUUCUCCCUCCUCAUGGGCAUCACCAACGGCUACUUCGGCAGCGUGCCCAUGAUCCUGGCCGCGGGCAAGGUCAGCCCGGAGCAGCGGGAGCUGGCAGGGAACACCAUGACCGUGUCCUACAUGACGGGCCUGACGCUGGGCUCGGCCGUGGCCUAUUUUGCCUACAGCCUCACCAGUACCUCCCACAGCAGCUGUUUCUACACUGAAACCUCCAAUGGCUCCUUUACCUCGGGCUACUGAGCCCUGGGGUGGGGCAAUGGGGACAGGAUGGAACCUGCUUCCCACCGUGGUCCCCAGCGCCCCACAUCCCUCCUCAAGGAGGGAGCCUGGAGCCUGAAAGCCACCCCAGCAUGGACAAGGACUGGUAUCCUGUUGGCACAGGGCUGUGGCAUUCCCAGCCAGGCACUGUGCAGGGCCACUGCUUGGGGUGACAUUCCUCCCACCCCAGGGGACAGUUCUUGUUGCUUUUGGGGGUCUCCCCAUCAGCAAUGUGCAGCUCUCCAGGGAAGGCUGGGGAUCUGCUGUUUGCGCCAAGCCAUUGACAGGAGGAAGAAAAUACUGCCAAAUCCCAAAGGGAAUAGGACCAGCACUGGGGAGGAGGGUGAUGGAGGGCUGGUGAGGAAGAAGAGGAGCAAGAGAGGAAAGAAUCACUCCUUCAGUCCCCCAUCGCUCUGGGAAGGUGCAUCUUCACUUCCAGUGAUGGUGCUGCAGGUUUUCACCAGGACUGGCUUAAAAUCACAGUCCCUCCCUAAAUAUGUGAAUCAUAUGGAUGGGGAAAAAAGAUUUUUUUUUAAUUGUGUCUUGUUUUACCCCCCCUAACUGCAACAGAGGCAGGGUCUUGCCUCCCCCCACCCCACACUGUGAAUCUGCUCCAUUGCAAGGGGUAGAGGGGGGGGUCCCAAGGCUGCAGCACUGCCUGUGCCACUGCUGAGCUUCAAGAUUUAUUGCACAGGAUGUAAGUGAAGCUGAUUAAAUAAUUAAAUGUCUUUGCAACAAUGACUGGUCCUUAGCUGUGCCACUGGCACUUGACUGCUGGUGAUGGGCUAGCCUGGCAAACACACACAGGAUGGUGCCUGCUGCCUGUCCUGCUGGGUUUUGGGGUGCCCUUUGUGCUGGUCUCCAUCUUCAGGGCCCUCUUUGUCACCUGGGGUGGUGGAACAUGUCACCGGGUUACAACAAACCCCCGCCAGCCAUGGGCAGCACACAGGAGAGGGAACAGGCCAAGAGGAGCAGAAAACAUCACGAGAAGGUGCCAACACCACGUUUUGGGACCAGCUGCACCUCACUGUGCCAACUGGCAGGUGCCACCUCCCAGGGAAGCCCAAGGAGCCAGCGAGUGCCAGGCCUGGCCCUGACCCGGCCCCCACAGCAUGGGAGGGUCUGACUGUGCCAAGCUCCUGCCUGUAUGAAGUGCAGCUCACACCAAAAAAGAGCAAAUCCAGCAUUUCAUCCUCAGCACAUGGUGCCCUGGGCACGGUGGCAGGGGGAGGAUUCACACUUCCAGGCCCUGUGCAGCAGACACCUCUACUCCAGUGUCCAGUCCUGUCCAUCGGUGCCACCAACUCACACAGAUGGGUUCUCCCCAAAAAGCCAUCAUUGCCACCAAGGGGAGAAACACCCUGCGGUCAGGACAAGCGAGACAAAGAAAGAUGCUUUGUUGGGUUGCUUUUUUUCAAUUAGAUUUUUUUUUUUUUUUAUGAAAAAAGAUCACACGGAGUUCUCCAACAAACAGAAUGCCAAAAAAAUUGUUUUAAACAAAAACAUAAACAAAACAAAACAAAAAGACAAAAACCUGGCUCUCCUUUCCUCUCGAUUGUCUGAAAUAUCCUUGUGUUCCAUAGAAGGCAGUGGGUUUUAAGUGCUUUCUAUUUAACAUUAGCAUAAAAUCUCUCUCGCGCGCUCUCUCUCUCGCUCUUUAAAAUAUGCUCACACAAUUUGCUUCUAGAAGUACAGUACACUUUGAGCGUGGGGGGUGUGCCUGUUCCCAGAUCAUUUACAAUCACAAUCCAACAGGAAAUAAAAAAUAAUAUUCUAAACGUCA